AUGACCUUCAUCAUUUUGCACCAUGGGAAAUUCAGUGGUUUCUCAGUGGAGAAAUGGCCUUUGCUGUUGGCCAGAUAUUUGAGUUCUUUGACCGGGAAGAAGGAUGGAUUGGCUUGGGCAAAAGCAUCCAAAGACCCUAGGAUUGCAGAAGGUCAACAGUCUCCACUGGAGAAGAGGCUCCUGAGUCUUGGUGGUGUGCACACUACAGCAGCGAGACACUUGGUGACCCGGAAAUGCCGAGAGGAGAGCAGAGCGCUCUGCAGGGAGCAAGCUCGUUCUCUUGACUACUGGCUGGCCAAAGCCGAGUCUUACUAUAAUAAAAGAACAGUGGAGAUGAUGAAAAAAGAAGACACCGGCGGGGAGACAAGGACGAAAGUGGAAGAGGAAACACCACCAAGCACAGAGGGACGCAAACUGCAUUAUUUUGUGCCCGAGAGAGAGAAGAAACAGAUAGAAAGGCACAUUCUCAGAGCAGGCCAGGCCAGAGAAUUUAAGAACAAAGCCCGGAGGCAGACCCGACUCCUCAGUGAAACCAUACUCCCCAAGAUUGUGCCAGAAAAGCAGAGCAUCCCGAAAGCACAGAGAAGAAGGCAGGUGAACGAGAGAGAGCUGCACCAAAUUAAAGAUCAUCAAGAACGCAUGAUUCGAGGGCGGGAACUUCUCGAGCAAAGACUCAAAGAAAGAAUCUUGAGAAAAAGCCAGAGCGAGAUUCCACUACCUGAGAGGCGCGGUCGAGGGAAGAAAGAGAUAAAGGAGUUUGAAAGGGUUGUUGCGUACCCACUUUUCCAGCCGUCCAGUACAAGUCGGAUUAAAGUGGAUAUUCUUAUGGAAAAAUCUCAGGACGAAGAGGAAGUGAGCACAAUUAUAAAACCGUAUGGAAGGAGAUUCCUGGCUGUGCCACCCUUUUUGAGAACUCAAAUAGGAAAAUUAAAGGAUCAGUAAAAUUUCAGAGCUUUGGUGAUGUAACUGUUUCUUUUUUGCUUUUUUCCCAGACAGGGUUUCUCUGGCUGUCCUGGAACUCACUCUGUAGAUCCUACUGACCUUGAACUCAAGA